CAUGCUAUGCAGGGAGGGGGAUGAAUACCUCAGAAAUCCACUUUCAGUUUCCCUUUUUAGCUCAUGGGACUAUUAGCCUAUAAAGCUGCUGCUCAUUUCUCCUUGUUGUGAGUGAUCCACACCGCAAAGAGCAGCUGAGCCAGCUGGAUUGUGUCUAAACUCACAGAAUCAGCCCCAGGAGGCUUCUUUGCUAGACAUCAUGGACUUCAUUGAGGAAGUAAUUGAGUGUAUCCUGAACGUCAUGAGUCCUGAUGAGCUCCAGAAACUGGUAGCAUACGACAAAGUCUGGAAGAUGUUUACAGAGGAAGCUGGAUUGUCCAGGGAUGAAGCAAAAAAGCUGUAUGAUUAUUUGAAGAAGUUUGCAGCAAACAGCACAACAGAGGACAAAAAGAGGUUCCAGGAAGAAAUUCGGGCUGGGAAGCAGCUUUUGAAAGUGGCUCCUAAGGUGAAAGCAGAAAUAGAGUCAUGUUCACAGAAGCUUUGCGCCCUUGCCGAAAGGGUUGACAAAGUGCACAAAGGUUGCACCGUCUCCAGUGUGGUGACCAGCUCUGUUGGUGCUGCCUCUGGAGUCAUGAACAUCCUUGGCCUGACUCUGGCACCCUUCACAGCAGGGGGAAGUCUACUGCUCUCAGCAGCUGGGACAGGCCUGGGAGUAGUGACUGCUGUAUCUGGUAUUACCACUACAACCGUAGAACACUUAGACAAGUCCUUAGCUAAAGCUGAAGCCGAACUCAUCCUGUCAACCAGUGAGGACAAUUUGAAGAGAUUGCUAGGAUUUAGUGGUAAGAUUAUACUCAAAUUGAGCGAAAACAUUAUGAAAUUCAAGAUGAAAAUGGAGGACUUGGUGAAGACCAUCCAUGCUCUCAGGAGAGCCCAGGACAACUGUGCCUUAGCACGCAAUGCCAUCCGCUUCACUACCACUGGGGGACUCUCAGCCAACAGGGCUGCGGAGGUGCAGAGAGCAUUUGGAGACACACCCCUCUCAAUGACCAAAGGAGCCCGGAUUGGGGGUGCAGUCCUAGAAGGUUUGUCCCUUGGGAUGAAUGUGUACUUCAUUGUAAAAGACUCAAUGCAUUUGCAUGAGGGAGCAAAGGCACCGCUAGCUGAAAAGCUGCGGCAGAAGGCUCAGGAGAUGAAACAGGCAUUUGUGGCGCUCAACGAGAUCCUACAAUUUUGUUGUUAGGUCUGACUCAGUCCCCCUCCUCACAAGCAAUGCAUAGGUAAGGGCAUACGUUCUGGACAGAGGCACGGACAGACGAAUGCAUUACAUUAGAAGGAGCAAAGGGAUAAGAUGAAGGGCAUUAAGGAGUCUGGCGUAGUUUGUUAGUGACCACAGCAAGGGAGAGGUUAACACAGACCAUAGUUUAGCUACAGGGAAGACAAGAUACAAGGAGAGUUCAACAGGUGAAAAAUCAAUGCACACAAUGCACCACAGAAACAU